ACAUGUUGGCAAUUCACUUCUAUAUCUGUUGCUUUUUCAUUGUGUCUUGCAAGUUCCCAAGCAACUUGAAUUUGCUAACACAGCCAUAGCUACAUUCUGCCUUAGCGUAGUCACCCAGGUAUCUAGGUGUGUGGUUUCUGUAUUUCCCCUCCCUUCUAUUUCUUAAUCAUACAUAAGUCACAACAUUUCCAGUUAUAGGCUGGUCUACAAGUUGUUCAAGCUUACACCUGACAGUUCAUAGCUACUAGUUUGGUGCUGGGGAAGAAUGAGCAGUCAGGAACUGGUCACUCUGAACGUGGGAGGGAAGCUAUUCACUACAAGACUUUCUACCCUAAAGCAGUUUCCUGCUUCUCGAUUGGCACAGAUGUUAGAUGGCACAGACCAAGAAUUCAAGAUGGUUGGUGGCCAGAUUUUUGUGGAUAGAGAUGGUGUUUUAUUUAGCUUCAUCUUGGAUUUUUUGAGGACUCACCAGCUUCUGUUACCCACUGACUUUUCAGACCACUUCAGGCUUCAGAGAGAGGCCCUUUUCUAUGAACUCGAUUCUCUGGUUGAUCUCUUAAACCAACAUCUGCUGCAGACAAGACCUGCUGUCCUGGAAGUGCAUUUCCUAAGCCAAAACACUCGAGCAUUUUUCAGGGUGUUUGGCUCUUGCUGCAAAACCAUUGAGAUGCUCUGUGGGAGGAUUACGGUGUAUGUGGAGCAGCCCUCCGCACUCACCUGGAGUGGUAACUCCUUCCGCCGGAAGCCGACGCUCCUCCCGCUGCCUCCGCAGAGACCUUCUUACCAUGACUUGGUUUUCCAGUGCGGCUCCGACAGCACUACUGAGAACCAAACUGCAGUCAGGUAUUUUGUUCUUUGAGGCAUCUCUCUUAUAUACCAGUUUCUGAAAUUUCCCUUCAAAAUUCAGUGUUCCUCUUUCCUGAAAUUUUUUUCUUGGG